AUGGAGCCGAGUGGUCGUGUCUCUCGGAAAAUGCCCAAUCAGAAAAGAGCACAGAAUUCUGUAAGAGGAAGUCAGCAGCCUAAUUCUUCACGUCAAAGUGAGCUAUUUCCAUUAUUUUUGUUGGCCUUUAGGUUACGGUAAGACAACAUCGGAAACUGAAUUUUCAGAAGCCAGGAAUCAAGGAGAAAAGAACCGCAGAGAAUACCAUCCAAAGGUCGAACCCAACAGUUCCAACAGCAACUCGGACAGCGGAGUUAUGGCCUGGAAACCUCUGGCCACGUCUUCAUCGAGUGGGCCAAAGAGAAGUAAGAAGUCGAAGAAAGGAAAGAAUCUGGCUGGGAAAGGAGCCAGACGAGUCAAGAUUGCCAAGGUUUGUCCGUUCUUUUGUUUCGUCUGAUUUUAGAGGUCAUCAAGUUCCGAGGAAGGGUCUCCGGAAGACGAAACUCUCGAGAGCCCGACUAACUCGUCUUCAAAGGCGAAAGUGAGUGGCCUAGUGGCGGUAAAUUCAUAACUUUUCUAUUUUAGCGACCAAUAAAAAAGGAAGAGUUCAGAUCGAGCAAGAAAUAUCAGGUAGAUCGAGUUGGAGAUCACAAGUGUAAGGUCAGAGUCAAGCCCCUCGGCAAGUUUGCGGAGACCAGAAAUAUCUACAUCAUGCAAACGGGAACUGGUAAAGGGACCAAGGAAUUUCUUCAUUACACGAAAAACGCCCGCUCAGAUGACCGUAAUGAGAAGAGCAGCAGUUCGGAGUGAGUUUGCUACUUUUUGUAGGCUUUUUGAUGACUAAAGUUAUGUAAUAUUUCAAAUUCCAGAAAGGUUACAGCUCCUGCUCGUUUUCCAAAACGGCCUUCGAAGAGGAAUCCCCCAAACAGAAAGAGCACCGAAGCUUUGGACACAACCAAGAAGCCUCCGGGACCUCGAUUACGAUCCCCCACUCAUCAUCCGACAGUCCCCAUCAAUUCGACUUUGGAGAAGCUCUCUACUGUCGUCAAUGAUCAUCUCCCCACCAUGGAUCCCUGGGAAAAGGCUGUUUAUGAAAAGGAGAAGCUCAUUUAUGCUCCAUGGUGCAGAAGGACCGACUUCCAAUGUGUUCCAGAAUCUCUCCAAAAUCUGGGUAUGGCGAUGAAUGUGACUGUCAACGUCUGUGUUAGAGCUACCAAUAUUCGGUCUACCAAUCCGCACAUCCCGAUUCCAUGUUCGGAGCGGGAGGGAUGA